CUGUUUUUGCUGCUAAGACAAGGGCUCUCCUAUUGGUUUCCAUGUUGUCCUGUGAGGACUCAAAGUAAAACCUUAGGGAUGGUUUGGUGAGGAAGAUACCAUGCAUAUGAUUCCUGUCAUGCAUGGAUUUCAAGGUGACUCGUUCCCAGCUAGCUCCAGCCCUUUCCUCAGUGGGUACGUGAACAGUGGGUUAGGGGGUUCCUCCACACCCCAUGGGACCCCCACUUCACUGCCUGUCGAGCCUUCCUUCCGGACGCCUGCCCCCUCCAACCUGCAGAUGGCGCAACUCUGGGCAUCUCACCCCCAUGAAGGUUUCUCACACUUGCCAAACAGUCUGUACCCGAGCCCGUACAUUCCACUCAGCCACCUGGAACACCCGAGCAGUGGGAGCUCCAUCCUGGCUCAGCUCAGCCAGCACGGGCUCUACGAGUCCCAGAAAGAAGGGUUUUACUUGUCAGGCCAUGCAGGACAGUCGGCCUUGCACCCCCAAACGGCAAUCUCCAGAGUAGUGUCCAACCAAAUGCCGAGCUCCCUCCUCCGGGAGAAAGAUGUUGUUUCUCAUCACAAGAGUGCAAAGGACUUGAACAGAGAGUUGAGCAGGGAGAAAUCCUGCAGGACCGAUCUCAACCUGUCCCACCCUCGCAGGGAGAGAGAGAGGCACAGGGAGGAGCCCCGGCCUCGCAGUGUAGUGGACCUCACUCAGGACACUAAACUGGAGGGGAGUGAGAGGAAAGUCAGUGGCUUGGACAGGCCUUAUAAAAUGGGGGAGCACACGUCUCUGUUUUAUCGUGAGCACUCGCCCGGUUUGGGUGGCGGAGAGCCCAAGUCUAAGAACCCUUUGCAAACCUCCUCUCUGAGCAACUGCAACAGUGGAGGCAGCAGCAGCUUUGUGAGAUACCAGGGCUCUGAGCAGGAGAGGUGCGCCAAGGACCCGAGCCGGCACGACGAGAACAUGCGGCCCUCUGCAUACGUGCACGCAGACAAUCCCAAAAAAUGCGAUGCGGUUGUGACUUCUUCUUCGCUUGGCUCUUCGCACAUUUCCUGCAGUUGUCCGUCCACACACAUCAACGGCUCGCAACCUGCCCCCAGGGUGCUAUCUUCAAAUACAUUCCCUCCCGCUCACCACGCCCAGGCCAGCCUGUACACCCUCUACCCCUCUGCCAAGGAGCCAGGAAGGGAGCACAGAGUUAUCGCGCCUACGUACGUGCCUUCCGUUGAGGUCUAUGAUGAGAGAAAUGGGCCAAUCCAAAUAGCCUCACAGGCUCGGGACAAUAAAAAUGACAAAAACAGGGACAAGGAUGUUAACAAACCAGGGUGUUUGCAGGCCCCCAGUGAAAGGACAUUUGUAGACCCUCUGCGGCCACCUCACGCACAUGAGUCUCCAUUGCAUGGCGACGUUAAGAGGAUGGAAAUAUUCAGGGAGGAAGGCUCAGUUAUAAUGUCAAACUGUAUGGCAACGAAAAGGCCAACAAAGUCAGAAUUAUUCCCUAUCAAAGCUGGCCAUAGCCCAGACACUAGGGACUUGCUCUUAAACAGCGCCACAUCCAAAGAAAUGAUGAAAAUGGUGCUGGAGGCAGAAGCUCGUAGCCAAGAGCGAGAGAGGCUUCAAAGGGCAGCCGCGAGAGAUUCUGGCAAAAUGUACAACGGGAUGGACUCCUCCAGGAUCCACAUGGAUCAGCACCAGCUUAAAAACUCUUCCCCGACGGAGCCCAAAUGGAAGCCUUUUGAAAUGGGCAGCUAUGCCACCAACCAGAUGGCUGCGCUUGCUGCCCAGCAUGGGCAUGGGAACAGAGGAGGGGAGGAGGAAGGCAAGAAGGCCUACCUGGACCCUUCUGGUCUUCAGAGGUCCACCGUGGUCGCGAACUCCCGAGGCAGUUCUGAGGUCCUCCACCCGGGAUCUCAUGGAGAAGUUUCUGCCAUGCAGAGCUUGAUCAAGUACAGUGGUAACUUCGCCAAGGAGACCAGCACGCGGCCCAACGGCGGGAUCAGGAGCCCGUUUGGUGGCCUGGGAAAUAUGAAGCUGGAAGCUAAUCCGCUUGGAGUGUCCAAGGUUCAGCAUCUCCCACCCCAGCAAUGUGGGAAGCAAUUAAAGAGAGACCCUGAAAGGCCAGAGAGCGCCAAGUCAUUUGGCAGGGAGAGCAUUGGGUCUCAGGGAGAGGUUGAAGUGAGGCAUCCACCGGUCGGCAUUGCUGUGGCUGUUGCACGUCAGAAAGACAACACCAGCAAGCCCAGCACUAACUUGGGGGACAGGGAACGAUCGAUUCCAGUGGGCAGUAUUAAAGGAUCUGGCCGUGCGGAGGAGGAUCGUAUGGAUGACCGGAGUCGUCACCGUGACGACCGUCUCCUGGCAGGCCGCUUGGAGCGCGAGCAGGAGAAAUUGCUCCGAGAGAGUAAGGAGCUGGCGGAUUUUGCCCGAAUUCACCAACCUGGUGUGUCCUCCAAUGGCUUGAACCCAAACCUGAUGGUGACGGGAGGUCCUUCCCUGGCUGGCCCAGGGCGAUGGUCCGCUGAUCCUGCAUCCCAUCUGGCUUCUCACCACUGGAUCCCCCGCACAGGCAGCUCCUCUUUGUGGCUAGCUGGCUCUCCUUACGGUUUGGGUCACCCGUCACUUCACCAAGGGAUGGCUCCAGGGUACCACCCCGGCAUGCCUGGCUCCAUGCCCUCGCCCUACCAGUUUGCCCGGGACCCUCAAUCAGGGCAGCUGUUAGUUAUCCCAACAGAUCACCUACCGCACUUUGCAGAACUGAUGGAGAGGGCACCUCCGCUGUGGUCAGCGAUGUACCCGCCAGCAGGAAGUUCACUUCAGCAUGCCCACCAGCUUCAGUUACUUUCUCACCAACAGUUGCUUAGGCAACACGAGCUCUACAUGAUGCAACACCAGGCUGCCCAAGCCAUGGAGAUCCAGAGAAGCGCCCAGCUAGUGGAGAGGUUAAAGGCGAGUGAACACAGAGCUGAGAUGGAGGACAAAGCUGCCAAAAAAAGCCACGAAGGGGCCAAGCAGGGUCUGCCUGCUGCCUGCGCUCCCGCCCUGCAUAGCAGGAAACCGCCUUCGCCUUCCCCCACUCCGUCUACGUCCAACGGCAAGGUCCCGACGCCCCAGCCGCUGAACCCUUCGCCCUCCCGCGUGACUGCUCUCAAGUCAGAGGUCCGACACAAAAUCGAAGAGCUGGAAAGGCAGCAGCCUUAUUCCCACCCCUCCACGCCGGCCCCCCAGGGGGCCCCACGGGGUUGGAGGGGGGGUGGACAGCCAUCUGUUCCCCCCAAAGAGGAAACACCGGAAGUGAUGGAGAAGAAAGAAAUCGAUUUGCAGAAAGAGGUCUCUUUGCCUUUCCAGGCCUUAUUUCCUGAAAUCCCUCAGGGCUAUCCUUUCCAAUCAAUAACUGCUCGCUUUGGUAGCCACUAUCCCUACCUCCUUCAGCCUGCCGCCGCUUCUGAUGCUGACGGACUGGCCCCAGAUGUGCCGCUGCCGGCGGAGACAUCAGAACAUCUGUCUGCCUCAGUUGAGGUUAAACCCAUGCGCCUGCACCCACCUGCCAUGGUGGAGUCCUUACUGCCAGCCAUGGGGCCCGAGCCAGUGGAGGAAAGCGCUGUGAACAAGGAAGAGUCUGAUCUUGAGGAAACCCAGCAAAGCCCUGGAGACCAGAAUGGCAGCACAGCCCUGCUCAAGAGUGUCCCAGAAGAGCUGAAAAACCAGUCUGGCAUGGAGAGGGACACAGAUGAGCUGGAGCAAGAGCAGAAGGUCAAGGAGUUGCAGAAGGGAGAGGGAACAGUCGAACCCUACCGACUGAUUGGCUGUGCUUCGGAGGUGGAGCCACUUCUAGAGGAGCCGGAGGAACGGGCAUGCUCUGCACACGCAGAGUUUGACAAUUCAGUGCCGUAUUGUGGAUCGGAAGUGCAAGAGGUCCAGAUACAAAGAGAAAGUUCUUCAAAAGCUAAAGAACUGUGCAAUGAGGUUGAUAAGAAGGAGACCUCCGCUGUUCCCUCUAGUACGACAGAACCUCCACCUGAGGAUCUGUCCGUCAAGGAGGGUUUGUUGUCUUCUCAGAUUGCACAGCUGGACACUUUGAACAUUAGUCCGGAUGACCCGAUGGCGGGGAUGAUCGCCUUGGUGGCAGCCUCAGAGCUGCCCCAAACAUGUUCCCUGCCAACUCAUUAUACCCCAACGGCUGUCCUCUCUGCCCCUGAGAAGACUGACUGUUCUCCAGUGGACCCCGCUGCCCUUCAUGGGAUCGCUCUACUGAGUGAAAUCGCAGAGUUGGAGCUGGAAAGGCGGAAGAAUGAGAUUAACUACACAAUGCGAGCCGACUUGGAAAGCCUUUUGGUGGCAGGAACGCAGGUGUUCAUGGAAGCCCUGGCAUGCAAGCCUGCAAUAACCAUCCAGCUUCCUCGAGAGCUGAACCCCAACAAGAAAUACAGCUGGAUGCAAAAGAAGGACGAGCCUAUGUUCUCCAUUAAGUCUGCCAUUGAAGGCAUGGAUGCCAUGGAGCUGAAUUACAGGGUGCGACUGGCCGAGUUGCAGAGGAGAUACAAAGACAAGCAACAACAACUGGCGAAAUUACAGAAACGCAGGGAUGCAGAAGAGAAAUGUGAGGAAAAGAACAGAAGUCUGGCAAGGAGAGGCCCAGGAAGGCCCAGAAAGAGAAAGCAUGGCCUUUCCUCACCACCUGUUGGGAAAAGUGACUACAAGGUUGGCAAGCUUGGCAAAACCCUCCUGCUGUCUGAGGACUCGGAGACGGGCGAGGGACUGCGGAAGAGAUUCCGAGGUCUGAGCGCCGAAGAUGAAGAUGAGAUGGAUGGCAUGAGUGUGAAAGUGAAGAGAAAAAGCAAGAUCUGGGAAGACGCUUCCUCCAGCUUCUCUGAAGAGGUGCAGACAAAGAGUAAGAAGAAGAAGAAAGAGGAGAGUGAGCAGGAGCAGUUGGCAACCAAACUGGACAAGGCCCUGUCUCUGACCAAACUCAGUCAACUCGGCAAGUCUCCUUUUAAGUUUUCAGACAGCUCCGUAGGGAAAUUGAAAAGCAGUUUUGGGAGCUGCAGUAAACACCUCGGGUCCCACGAGAUGGAAUUCCUGGGAAAGGGAGGGAAGAAAAACUUCUCUCAAAGCCUCAGCACCUUGCAGAAGUCCUCCAAAGAAGGUAAAAACAAAAUGGCCACCAAAACAAAGAAGAUGGAGUUCGGGAUGAAAGUCAAAGGUCACCUGAAAGCUUCUCACUCCCCUGCAAGGUCAGAAGUCAGCAGUUACUCAUACAAUACAGACACGGAGGAGGGAGAUGAAUCGGUAAAGCACGGCUGGCCAUCCCAUUCAGCGUUAAGUAAAUCCGGAUCGAGGGGGCGUCCCUCCCGCCUGCACGGCUCGGCCUCCACGAAGAGCAGACAGCCGCCCAAGAGGGGCCUGUCCACGUCCUCCUCGUCUUCAACAGGGACUCUGAAAUCAAAACAGGCGGCAAACAAGAAGAGACACAAGCACUUUGCUUUACUGCUGCAAGAGGCCGAGGCCCGGUCGUCCUUCAGUGACUCUUCGGAGGACUCAUUCGACCAAGAUUAUACCUCAGAGGAGGAUGAUGAUGACUUGGAGGAGGAGGAGUAUGAUCUGGAUGGGAGCGACAGCCUCGGUUCACCCAGCCUUGAUGAGAGCGGGCUGGGGCUGCUGGCCAGGUUUGCUGCCAGCGCCAUGCCCAGUCCCAUCAUCGCUCCUCCACUGUCUGUCGUUCAGCUGGAGGCCAAGCAGAAAGCCAAGAAGAAGGAAGAAAGGCAGAGCCUCAUGGGGACUGAAUUCGAAUACACAGAUUCGGAGAGUGACGUCAAGAUUAAGAAGAAGGCCUCCUCACUGCUUCACUCCAAGAAGCCUCUGCUGGAUUCGGCUGUGCUUGUGGGGAUGACUGGAGAGCUGCCCGGCUCCAACAAGGUGAAGCUGGAAGAAAAGAGGCUGAAGAAGGUGAAGUCUCCCCAGGAAUUCAGCUUCGAGUUCGGCCAGGAGGUGAGCGACGACGACCGCUGGCCGCGUCGGAGGAGCGAGCGCAUUUUCCUUCACGACGCCACUCUGGCCACGCCCCUCUCUCCCUCCAGAACGAGCCCUCCCGCUGGUGCCAAACCGGCCCGCUCCCCCAAAGCCGUGCCGCAGAGCCCCAGAAAGGAAGCCAGCAAGCCAAAGGAGGAAAAAGACCUUGGCAAGAAGAAGAAAGGCAGAGAGACCCCAUUGUGUCUGUCACCCCCCCAGCACUCGAGCACCUCCAGCGAGGGCCGGGUCUGUCUGGCCUCCUCCCCCCUCAGCCCCAGCAAGAAGAGCAAGGUGAAGGUGAAGACGAGGGAGGUAAAGAAAGAGGCGCGAGUGAAGGGCGGUGCAGUCAGCAAGCUGAUGGAGAGCAUGGCCGCUGACGAGGAUUUUGAGCCCAAUCAGGACAGUAGCUUCUCUGAAGAUGAGAACGUCCCGCUGAGUACGGUGAUCGACAGGCCCAACUCACCCGGCCCCUGUAACUGCGUUAUUGACAAAGACGAGCUGAAGGAUGGGCUCCGGGUCCUCAUUCCCAUGGAUGAUAAGCUGCUCUACGCCGGCCAUGUCCAGACUGUUCACUCUCCAGACAUAUACCGAGUUGUUGUGGAAGGAGAACGAGGAAACCGGCCUCACAUCUACUCCCUGGAGCAGCUCCUACAAGAGGCGAUUAUUGAUGUGAAGCCCCCCUCUGUGCGAUACCUCCCUGAGGGAACGAGAAUCUCUGCAUACUGGAGUCAGCAGUACCGCUGCCUGUAUCCUGGAACCGUGGUCAGAGGGAGCCCUGAUGUGGAUGAGGAUGACGAUUUGAUAACUGUGGAGUUUGACGAUGGAGACACGGGGAGAAUCCCCCUGUCGCACAUCCGACUGCUGCCUCCCGAUUAUAAGAUACAGUGUGCAGAACCUUCUCCUGCCUUACUGGUGCCCAGCACAACGAGACGCAGCAGGAAAUCCAGCAAGGAUACCGGGGAAGGCAAGGAGGCGAGUGUCCAAGUAUCGGUGGAGACAGUUCCGAAGAGCCGAGGGCGCGGCAGGAGGCCCAAACCUAAACCUGGGCCUGAAGUUGUUCCUGAGGAUCGUGAGCAAAGAGAAGUGCCUGCUUCCACAGACACCCAGGAGAGAUCAGCGGCCCAGGGGAAAACAAGCUCCAAACCAGGUAGAAAGUGCCAGCAAAGCCCAAACGCUGGCUCUUCUGUGGCAAUGCCUACUGAGAAACAGAAGAAAAUCACAAAGAGGAAGAUUCCUGCCAAAGGAAACGCUCAGCAACAGGCGACCUACACACCACCUGUCUUUGGCAACGUCCUUUUAGAUUCCUACAGUGACCUCUCGGGUUCAUUCAAAGCCAGUGACAACAGCCAGGGGAAAUUGAAAUCCAAGAAAGGGAGGAAAGGGGAUGAGGCCCAAAGGAAACAGCCCGAGUCUGAACUUAUGAUCAAGCUUGAUCACGAAGGAGUGACUUCUCCAAAGACCAAGAAGACCAAAGCCCUGAUGAUGAUGGAAGACCAGAGCCUCUCGGGCAAGAUGGACAACAAGACCAUGAUGGGCAUGGCUUAUACCACGGUCAUGGGAGGGGAGGUCAAACAGAAAGCAGCCGAGACCAAAGCAGGGGAAAAGGAAAAGCCGAAGGCUGGUGCUGUCUCCACGUACAGCUUAGGGAAGCUGGGGAGAAGCGUGGACGGCUUGGUCAAGGUAAAGGACCCGGAAACAAACAAGGAGAAAGAGGAACUGGAUGGCAGCAGCAGCAGCGGUGGCAGUAGCAACAGCAGCUCUGAGUCAGAUGGGGAAGAGGAGGAGCGAAAUCAGGGUGGCACCCAAGAAGACAGCAGCUCACCCAGCUCCAGGGCUUCCAGCCCCAUCUCGUCUACCAACUCCUCAACCUCCUCCUCCAGCAGCUCCUCCUCUUCCUCCUCCUCCUCCUCCUCCUCCUCUUCCUCCUCCAGCUCUAGCUGUUCUUCUUCAUCAACCACUGAUGAAGACUCCUGCAGUUCGGAUGAGGAGACCCCAGCUUCCCCGCACUCCACUUCUCCCACCCAGGCGACCCAUCCCCAAUCCGAGAACAAGCUGUCAGGACAGCUCCAGACCACCUCCUCCUCCUCCUCCCCAUCCCAGACCAGGAGUCAGAAACAGCAGCAGCAGCAGAAACAGGAGCAGCAGCAAGGCAAGAAUCGACCGAAGAAACGGGAAGGAAUCCAUCUGCCCACAACCAAGGAGCUGGCCAAGCGUCAGAGACUUCCUUCGGUGGAAAACAGACCCAAAAUCGCUGCCUUUCUGCCUGCCCGGCAGCUCUGGAAGUGGUUUGGCAAACCAACCCAGAGGCGGGGAAUGAAAGGUAAAGCCAAGAAGCUGUUCUAUAAGGCGAUUGUGCGAGGGAAGGAGAUUAUACGCAUCGGAGACUGUGCAGUUUUCCUGUCUGCUGGCCGGCCCAACCUGCCCUACAUUGGGCGCAUCCAGAGUAUGUGGGAGUCCUGGGGAAACUACAUGGUGGUCAGAGUCAAGUGGUUCUACCACCCAGAGGAGACUAACCCUGGGAGGAAAUUACAUGAUAGAAAGCAGUGGGAUCAGAAGUCUGGCAGAGGACAACCAGCUGCUCUCCAGGCCUCCAAUCAGAGAAAUGACUUCAUGGAGCGUGCCCUGUACCAGUCCUCUCACAUCGACGAAAACGACGUGCAGACCGUCUCUCACAAGUGUUUGGUGGUCAGUCUGGAGCAGUACGAGCAGAUGAUUAAAACUAAGAAAUAUCAGGACAGCGAGGAUCUGUACUACCUGGCUGGGACCUAUGAACCAACCACAGGGAUGAUCUUCAACACUGAUGGAGUACCCAUCAUAUGCUGAAGAGCAGUGCUGUUUCCAUAAUGCGUAAAGAGGGACCAGAGCCUCGAAUGCACAGUAUUUACCUGAAGAAUUCAACCAAGACAGCAGUUAUCUGUUCAAGGAUGCUCAUGACCUUCUUGGGUUUUUUGAUUCUGUGAAUUACAUUGAAAAGGUGGAGGAUGAGGAAAACGUUAUAAAAGUGCUUUAGAAGCACAUCAUUAGGUUCUUAUGGGGAAAUGGUUAGCUGCCUGAAGAAAUGUUUGCCCUCGGUACAAAAUAACACUAUCAGCUCGGGACCUGCAAUUUAUUUGACUUGGAAUAAAAAUCAGCUGCAUGGCGGCUUGAAGCAGAUCUGUAUUGAAAUUUGUACCCUUGGAGGCGAGAUGACAUUAUCAGUCUGAGGACUUCUUCUGGGAAGCUGGUCACCUGACUUUCAAAGGUGUAAUUACAUCAUACAAAAUAACCUUUCAAUGCAUUCUCAGAGCUGACAACCUGGCCUGCCGGGCGGAAAGACUUUUUGCGCAUAGUAUUGAUACGUUUGUGAAAAAGAAGGAACGAAAGUUGGGACUGAGCGGAGGUCAUGGUUUGAACAUCUGCUGAGCACUAAUUGUGGUCUCGUGGAAAUGAGGAUGAUGCAAACAUGGAGAAAGUGUUGAAGAUGUCUGAAAGGCAAACUGCGUUUUGUUUUAAAAGAAUAUGUCAGCACCAGCUGCAGACGUUUCUACCAGAAAAGCUUCAAUUAAAGAUGACAUGGUUCAUAAGGGACUUACUGGAUCUUCGAGGCCAGGUGGUUUUAUGAUAAUCCUUGGGCAAUCUGCAAGCCUAUUACUAUCCCGCUUCUAAAGCAAUUAAUUAAAGAUGACAAUGAGCGUAUUGGCAGAGAAAACAAGCCUUCGAGGGAAGGUGACAUCAUCAUCGUCAUCCCACAGCCUUCUGGAAAGCCUGGUCUGGCGAUUUUAUGUACCCAGGGUUUCUAAGCUCCAAAUUGCAAUCUGUAAAAAAUAUGCAUUAUAAAAAAAGAAAUAAAUGAAUCUGUGUUAAUAUUGACAGGAUUAAGGGACAGAGAAAAAAAUAAAAACCUUUUAGAGGACUAAACAGUUAGACUGGUGAAUGAGGGAGCCUGAUUCAUUCUGUAUAUUACGCAGGCAUAUAUUCAAAAAACUAAAAAAAAAGACUUUUUGUGUAUUAUACCUUCAACUGAAUUUCUUUUUAAAAAAAAAAAAAAAAAAAAAAAAAAACUUUACAAAAAUGUGUGGGGAAAAAAAAAUCAAAAUAAAGUCAGGAAACCUAAGGUUGGGGUUGAUAUAAUCAUGCUUCUGGAACUAAACCCAGCAACAUUUGCAUGAGUAAUUGUAUUAAAAAAGAGAACAUGUAACCCAAAAUCCGAACAGUAUUUUUGCCUUGUGGCUACUGUGAGAGAAGAGAGACGUUGGCUGAGAGCACUUAUUCACUGUUGGAUGCCUUGUGUAGAGAGUAUUCCGACAAUCGAAGGAAGAGGAGAACCACGUGUGGUUUGUUCAAUUGUGUUUGUUUUGUUGAUGCAGGUCUCCUCUGUGUGAUGUAAUUAAAGAGGUGACUGCUGUUCCACCAGUUUGGCUUCAUUAUGCCAUGUACGGGUGCCUCCACAGCAGUGUGAUCGUUGGGCUUUUAAUGAACCCAAGUAGCUGGCAGCUACCCGCUUGGUUUAGCUGGCAAUGUACAACUCCUUAUCUUGUUUAAAAAACCAUAAAAAUAAAAUUUAAAAAAUGUCUUUAAAGCAACAAACUGUAAGAGUCUAACUAUAAGUAGCACAUAUAUAAACUAAAGUAUUAUUUCCUACCAGUUUUCUUGUGAAGAGGUAAAACUAUAUGGAAUGGAGGGCCCUCUUUGCAAAGCUUUGAAUGCAUUCAAGGGUUAAAAUACAGUUCAUGGGUAUCCAUGCAACUGAAUCCCUUAUUCAUAACACUUACGUCUAGCUUGUGCAAAAGUGACUUCUUUCUUUUAAUAGGGUGCCAAACUGUACCUGUGCAUUUCAUUGAUAGUUGAACAAAAAGGCCUCCACAAAAUUAAUAUUUGAACAAACUGUGAUACAAUUCCACACAGUAGCUGGGAUUUGAAGGCGGCCACCAGGCUAACAGGGUCCGUGCCUGCAGUCAUGCUGGUAGUUAGUUGUGUUCCUAAGUCUACACAUAGGGUUAUAAUGUAAUGAUACAAGGAACUCUUCAGAAAAGCCUCACCGUAUCACACUGCUUUGGGAACCAGUUGGUUAUUUUAUGUGUGCUGUAUUAUCAAACCAGCCAAACCUGGUGGACACUCUUUUGUUAUUCAUGCUAUGCGCAAGGUACAGAAAUAUGUCGCAUCCCCCCCCCGUAGUGUAGAUUAUAAUGCCAUAUGUGUGCCUAACCUGACAAUGUUGGGUGAACGUGAUUUGAUACAUUGCACAAGGCUGAGAAGUCUUUGUUUUUUUUGUCAAUCUUUGUAAAAGGACCAGGAGUCGUCCCUGGGCUAUUUUUCAUUGCAAGAUUAAGAGGUGCGGUUAAUUUAGAAAAGGGCAAAAAGGGUUAUCAAAAUGGUAGCAUGAGAAAGAGGUCCACAGACUAAAAACAUGAAUCAGUAAUUCCAAGUGGUGGUUCGUAAAGGGAAAUUAAAGCAUGCUUGCCCUUUUUCAGCAUCGGUGAAAUUAAUUUUGUGUCAAGUGAACUCAAUCACAAAACCACAUUUCUGAAAGAACAUGUCAAAUUCCAUGUGCUUAUCAGCUCUAUAAACCAUGGCCAUUUUUGAACUCAAUUGGUUGACCCUUCCUUGCCUUUUAAAUGCAAACCAUCACUCGGCCUUGCUGUUUUAAACAUCAGUAUUAUCUUGUGAAAUUUAACCAAUGUAGCGUUCAUUCCCAAAGAUGUUUACCUCUUAAUGUUUACCGUCAUUGACUAACUUUCCCCACAAAGUAAGAUAAUUUGUUUUGAUGAGAAGCUGUCGAAGAAUUGCGAAUGACCCGCUUGAUUUGAUGACAUGUUUACAGUAAGCGAAUGCAGCUUCUUCUCUGAAAUGAUUUUUAUUUCUGUUAUCAGAAGCAGGAAUUGUUUGCAAUUGGAUAUAAACUGAAGAGAAUUCUGUGUAUUUGCUUUUGGACAUGGAAUUGCAGAAUAAUCAUGGCCUAAAAAAAAAAAAAAAAAAAGGAAAAUUGUUUGAAUUGUAAACCCCAAGCUCCAGUGUACAUGUGUCCGUGUUCAACAGCGGACUGAAAAAGUGGAGCAGCACCAUGAUGCUCUGCAUUCUCUUUCUGUAAAACGGCAUUGAGAAAGUUGGGUAAUAGUACCAAUUGAUUCAGCUGUAUUGAAACAAUGGUAAUAGCAAAUUAUAUAUCAAGCACUUUUGUACCAACUUGGACCCGCUUGUGGAGAACUGAAAGCCUCCUACACUACAGGGCACAGGUCUGGCUUUGUUUUUCUUUCUUUCUCUCAGUGCAACAGUAGUCUUUCUGUUCAGUUUUAUGUUUGUGUGUUUAAAACUUCAGUCACCGGAGUGGUAAAGAGAGCACUUGACAGUUUAGAAACUGCCUUGACUUCCCCUUGGCUCAGUCUGCAGCACUGAAGUAAAUCAGGCUGCUGUUGCUAAAUCUUAUCCACUUCCCCCUGAAUACUGUUGCUCACAAAGUCACGUCCUGUGGCUUGGAAUGGCAGACAGUGGACAUUGUAAUAAAGAUAUACAGUUUUAGCAAGGGGUGGGGGAGUAGUUACCACCUUUUGGUAAAGAUGACCUGAAAUAUGUAAUAUAUUGUAAAGCACGAAAAAAUUUAUUUAUGUAUGUAUGUAUGUAUGUAUGUAAUCAAUCAUGUCCACUGUAUUAAGUGAUUGGAGCUUUCUGUACACUCUAUUUUACCCAGUAUGUAUGUUCCCUUCCCCCUUACCCCACUAUAUAAUUCUCCUAUAUAACUCGUGUGCAAUACUGCUGAUUAGAUACUCUGAGGUAGCUGCUAGUGAAGAAAUUUGUAAUGCAAACAGUUAAUAGCAGACGGGAGGCUGGUUCCUCAUUGGUCUUUGCUGUUUAGUUUCUUAAGUGUUAGUAAGGUCCUGAAUUAAAAAUAAAAUAAAAAUAAAUACUGAUUUAAAAAAAAAAAAAAAAAAAAAAACAAACAAAAACAUAUUUUGGAAUUUUAAAAAUGAUCAAGAUUUUAUAAUUAAUGAGUCUGUAUUUGGGGAGAACACCUGCUAUGAUUUCACUUUGUAUAAACAUUUACUCAUGUGUAAAAAAAGAAAACCACAGAAAUAGAGCAGGAAAUGCGGAUUGUGUAAAAAAACAAACAAACAAAAAAACAACUCACAUGGAACAUUUUUUUUUUUUUUUAUUGAAACUGCAGAGUUUUACAAGGUGUUCCUUUUAAAGCAUUUUAGUAACUCGGAUUUUAUAGUUUAUUCCUCAAUAAACUGAAAUAAAAAUGA